AUGUAUCAGCCUGGCGCACCCCUUCAUUCUGAAUACCACGGUGCUGGACGUGGAGAGUAUCCGCCUCCUCCUCCUGAAGGUUAUUAUCCCCAUCCUCCUCCAAUGCUUCCUCAUAUGGCUCCACCUCCACCUGGUCACAUGCACCACCCAUAUUACGAUUAUCAUCACUCCCACCAUUAUAUGUCAUAUCACCCCGCAUCUAUGAACCCAAACAUAGCACCUCCAGUUCCCCCUCCCGCGCCACCUAUAGACUUUGGGGAUAAACGUUCAAAAUCUAACGCGAACGCACCAACUUCCGAGGGUAUUGAUAAAAAUAAGAUUUCGACUUUCAUAACAAAAUCAACUGUACCAAUCUUACAUAAAGCACGAUUCAAAAAAGAACGGUUUGGUGCCUUCGAUCCACCGACAACAGGAGAGGAAGAAGAUAAAAGGACAUAUACUCUCAUAGUUAGUCAGCAACCUUUGCGCGCUCGAAUGUGUGGAUUUGGUGAAAAAGAUCGACGACCGAUCGACCCACCGCCGAUCGUACAAUUAGUAGUAACUGAUGAGAAGGGGAUUCCUGACACUGGGUGA